AAGAGAUAUUACCAGAAGCAUCGCUGGGACCAUUAUCAGAAGCAUCACCAGGAUCAUCAUCAGAAGCACUACCAAAAGCAUUACCAAAAACACCAUUAGAAGCACUACUAGAAGCAUUACCAAAAGUACAAUUAGAAGUAUUACCAAGACAAUUAACAAGGCAAUU